AUGUAGACUCCAUACCAUCAUCCAUCCUUCACACAACUAGAGCACAAGUAUCAAAUCCAAUUAAGUAGUAGCCAACACAAAUCCACCAUGAAGACCUUAUUCAUCCUAACAAUCCUUGCGAUGGCAACAACUAUCGCCACCGCGAAUAUGCAGGUCGACCCCAGCGGCCAAGUACAAUGGCCACAACAACAACCAUUCCGCCAGCCCCAACAACCAUUCUACCAGCAACCACAACACACAUUUCCCCAACCCCAACAAACAUUCCCCCAUCAACCACAACAACAAUUUCCCCAGCCCCAGCAACCACAACAACAAUUUCCGCAGCCCCAGCAACCACAACAACCAUUUCCCCAGCCCCAACAAGCCCAACUACCAUUUCCCCAACAACCACAACAACCAUUCCCCCAGCCUCAACAACCCCAACAACCAUUUCCCCAGUCACAGCAACCACAACAACCUUUUCCCCAGCCCCAACAACCGCAACAAUCAUUCCCCCAGCAACAACAACCGUUGAUUCAGCCAUAUCUACAACAACAGAUGAACCCUUGCAAGAAUUACCUCUUACAGCAAUGCAACCCUGUGUCAUUGGUGUCAUCCCUCGUGUCAAUGAUCUUGCCACGAAGUGAUUGCCAGGUGAUGCAGCAACAAUGUUGCCAACAACUAGCACAGAUUCCUCGCCAGCUCCAGUGUGCAGCCAUCCAUAGCGUCGUGCAUUCCAUCGUCAUGCAGCAAGAACAACAACAAGGCAUACAGAUCCUCCGGCCACUGUUUCAGCUCGUCCAAGGUCAGGGCAUCAUCCAACCUCAACAACCAGCUCAAUAUGAGGUGAUCAGGUCAUUGGUAUUGAGAACCCUUCCAAACAUGUGCAACGUGUAUGUCCGACCUGACUGCUCCACCAUCAACGCACCAUUUGCCAGCAUAGUCGCCGGCAUCAGUGGACAAUGAAAAAUGAAGAGUUAUGCUAAUAGGUAGAUGGAUCAUCGUUGCUUAGCUGAUGCACCAGUCUUUGUAGCGAUGAGGAAUAAAGUGGCGUGCACCAUCAUGUGUGACCCCGACCAGAGCUAGUUCAAGCUUCAGAAUAAAACACAAACAAAGUUCUUGUUUGCUA